AUGGCGGACCCGCCGCCGCCCACCGCGCGACGCCUGGACCUAGACCUCCUAGCUGCUGCUGCGCCACGUGGACCUCCACACGCGGACGGGUCUGCAGCGCACGUGGCGGCGCAAGAUGCGGAGAUGGGGGAAGCUAUGAUGGUGGUAUCAGCUGCGCCCGCUGCUCCCGCGGAUGGCGUGUCCGCGGCGGUGCGGAACGCGGAGAUCCGGCGGGGAAUCGCGGCGAUCAAGGCGGAGAGCCAGCGCCAGCGGACAGCUGUCGUUCAAGUGCGUGUAGACUGUAGCUGUCCAUGUUCUGUAGCUCUAAUCAGUCUUGUCGGUGUUGCUGCUGCUGCUGCUGCUAGUGCUGCUGCUGCUAGUGCUGCUGCUGCUGCUGCUGGGAAGGCGUAUCCACAACCUCUUGCACUUACGACUUUGUUUCUGCCAAUCUACCCAAGCCAUUCGUCUCUUUCCUUUUCCCAGGAUGUUCUGGCAGAGAAUCGGAAAAAACUGCUGGCUAUCAAAGCGAAACACAUGGCUGCUGCUAGUGCUGCUGCUGGGGGUGUUCCCUGGCCACGUCAGCACGAUCAUUGUCAGCAGCAGGUAAACGGAGAAGCUGCCUCGAGUUCAGCUAGACGCGCAGGCUCGGGAGCAGGUUCGGGGAUGGCAGGUUCGGGUCUGGCGGUCCUGGGAGUUGCUGGUUCGGGCAUGGCAGGUCCGGGAGCGGGAGGCUGGGGUGCAAUCUCAACAGUACUGAAAGCGAAUGGAAUGACAGGGGAACGAGCAGGGGGAGAAAGAGCAUGGGGCGCGGUAGCAGCAGGAGCAGGAGCAGGGGCAGGGGCAGGAGCAGGGGGGAAUGCAGGGGGGAGUGGAGUGGGGAGUGGAGGGGGGAUCACGGGAGGGGUUGCAGGAGGGAAGGGUGGUGGUGGUGGUGAGAUGGUGGCAGCUCCUCGCACCAAUCCCAUCAAGAUGGCAGCCGUGCAGAACGUCCCUAGCUUCACCACCUGGAUCUUCCUUGCCAAGAACGAGCAGAUCCCAGACGAACAGUCACUAGUGGGGAGGAGGCGGCUAUACUACGAUGCAGAGAAGGAGGAGACGACAGUGUGCAGCGAGUCGGAGGACGAGGGCCAGCCCAGCAGCAGCCAACUCAAAGACUUUAGUGCCGUGCAGGACGCUCUCAUAUGGAGGACCAUCCAGCAGCACGGCGAUUCUGGGAUUGUGAUUGAGCAUCUCGCUUCAUCCUUGAAUGCCCAGGCAGAGCAGGUUCACAUGCGUCACACGGAGCUGAAGGCACAGUACCAGGAGAUUCAGGCGUUUCUAGAGAAGGAGAAGAAUCAGGAUGGGGUUUCUGAGGAGGAGAAAAGAGAAAGCUCAGGUGGAGUGUGUGAGAGCACGAGGCAGGUGCUGCUGGGGCAGUUUGAGGACUUGGAGGGAGCCAUGGACUCGUGGGACCACCUCUUCUGCCGCAGAUGCCUCGUGCUCCUGGUUCAGUUUGAGGACUUGAAGGGAGCCAUGGACUCGUGGGACCACCUCUUCUGCCGCAGAUGCCUCAUCUUUGAUUGCAAGACACAUGGAACCGUCGACGAGCCAGUGGUGCCUUCGGAUCAGCAACCCCCUGUGGAAUCUACUGACGUUGGCAAGUCACCCAUGCCUGCUGGGCCUUGCGGCCCCUUGUGCUUCAUGCAUGUUCCUGCUCUUGUGGCACUGAAGCUUACUCGAGUGCAAGCAGCAGAGAAGAAAGCAGCAAAAACCAAGGCAAAAGGCAAGAAAAAGGGGAAGCAGAUUGUUGGUUUGGUGAAAUUGGAGGAUGAGGAGGAGGAAGCAGAGGAAUUGGAGGAAGAGGAGGAGGAGGAGGUUGAAUUAUUGGACAGUGUUGCUGGGGAGGAGAGUGCGGAGGAGGAGGAGGAGGAGGAGGAGGAGGAGGAGGAGGAGGAGGAGGAGGAGGAGGAGGAGGAGGAGGAGGAGGAGGAGGAGGAGGAGGAGGAGGAGGAGGAGGAGGAGGAGGAGGAGGGAGGGGAGGAGAAUGCGGAAGAAGAAGAGGAGACAAUGGAGGAGGAGGAGGGUGAAGAGGUGGAGAAGGAGGGAGGCAAGGAGAUUAGCUCGGAAGAGGAGGGUGAUGCUAGUGAUGGGGAGGCUUGUACGGGGGAUGAGGCGGAAGGAGGUGAUGUAAGGAUGACUGCUGAUGUGGAAGGUGAUGGGGAUAGGGGCUGUGAGCGGGAAAAUGGAGAGGAGAAAGAGGCAAUAGAAGGCAAAGAGCGGGUGAGUAAUCUGGAAGAAGGGGAGGAUGUGAAGGAGGGAAGAGAAGUGAUGGAAGAAGAGGAAGGGAGGGAAGGGAUGGAAGGGACGCAAGGAAAGGAAGGGAUGGAAGAGGAGGAAGGGAGGGAAGGGAUGGAAGGGACGCAAGGAAAGGACGGGAGAAGCAAGGAGAAGCAGCAGCAGCAGCAGCAGCAGCAGCAGCAGCAGCAGCAGCAGCAGCAGCAGCAGCAGCAGCAGCAGCAGCAGCAGCAGCAGCAGCAGCAGCAGCAGCAGCAGCAGCAGCAGCAGCAGCAGCAGCAGCAGCAGCAGGAGCAGCGGGAGCAGCAGGAGGAGCAGGAGAAGGAGCAGCAUUGCGAUCAGCAGGAGUGGACUGCGUUGGAGAGGGAAUUACUGAGCAAGGGCGUGCGGAUAUUCG